AUGACUGAAUCCGAGAUCCAAAAGGGAGACCAAGUCUCAUGGAACUGGGGCUCAGGAAACCCUGGUGGCAAGGUCGCCGAGGUCAAGGAACAAGGCGAGAUUGCUAUCGAGUCUAAUCGCGGCAACACCAUUAAGAAGAACGCUGAGCCUGAGAACCCGGCUGUUCAUAUUGAGCGGUCGGGAAACGAUGUAGUGAAGCGCGCCUCUGAGCUCAACAUUGAGAAGAAGGCUGACGGCGCCAACGGCCAGUCCAAUGGCGAUGAGAAGGAAGAGGAGAAGGAAGACAAGAAGGAAGAACUCGAGAAGGUGGAAGACAAAAAGGAAGAGUCUGAGAAGAAGGAUGAGAAGCCGGCUGAUCCCAAGUCCAAGGAUGAGGAGAUGAAGGAUGCCCCAGCUACCGAGAAGGAGGAUGUGAAGACAAAUGGCGAGUCCAAGGAUGAGGCCAAGGAUGAGUCUAAGACUGAAUCGAAAGAUGAACCCAAGGACAACGCCAAGGAAGUCAAAGACGAUGCCAAAGACGAGGGUUCUACCGAUGAAUCCGCGACAAGGGCCGACGAGGCAGAAGACAGCGCAAAGACCGGCUCAAAGCGCAAAGCCGAAGACAGCCCCGCGAAAGAAACCAACGGCGAUUCUAAAAAGGCCAAAACCGACGACGCCGAAACCGAGGAAAAGCCUAGGCCCAAGAAAGUAGGUCGCCCACCAAAGGACAAGAAGGAGCCUGCGAAGAAGAGGGAGCCAAAGAAAGCUGCUACUGCUGAUGGGCAGCCAAGACGCAGUGGCAGGAACAGGUCGUAG